AUGCCGAGUCAAAUGUGGAAGUCUAGCCUGUGUGGUGCUUCUCUUACUGCAACUGCAGAAGGAAACUCCUCCUCAUCAUGGCUUUCUCCAUCUGGUGAUUUUGCCUUUGGAUUUUGGCCACUUGGAAACAAUGAUAUCUUCUUGCUUUCAAUAUGGUAUGCCAAAAUACCCGACAGAACCUUAGUUUGGUAUGCAAAUCGGGAUAAUGAGGCUGCAGUUGCACCCAAGGGGUCAACUGUGAACUUGACUGCCAACAGCGGUCUAGUGCUUAAAAGUCCUCAGGGUGAAGAGCUAUGGAAAUCUGAAACCAGUGCUGGUGUUGCCGGUGGGGUCAUGAAUGAUACAGGCAACUUUGUUCUUCAAGAUAGAAAUUCAGAAAGCUUAUGGGAGACCUUCAACAAUCACACUGAUACUAUUUUGCCUGGACAGACAUUUGAAAGAGGUGGGAAGCUUUUGUCUCGACAAUCGGAGACUAACUAUUCGAAAGGAAGGUUCCAGCUGCUUCUGCAAGAAGAUGGGAACCUUAUAAUCAGCACCAUAAACUUGCCAACAAACUUUGCCAAUGAACCUUACUAUGCAACCGACACUACCUCAGGGACUGUGGCAGGUAGUGAAGGUAAAGAACUGGUUUUCAAUGUCUCAGGCUACUUGUAUGUUCUGAGUGAGAAUGGUGGAAAGACCAAUGUUGCAGUGGGAGACGCAGUCUCAGCAAGGGACAACUAUAUUAGAGCAACUCUCAACUUUGAUGGGAUUUUUGCUCAAUAUUAUCACCCAAAGAAUUCCACUGGAAAUUAUCUGCACUCUCAAAGAAGAUAA